CGAGACUAGUGUUGUUUUUUGCCGUCGCGCGUGAAUUUGAAUGAAUUCUUAUUGGUAUUUUGGCUUGCCGUGUGGUCGUAAAGAAGAUUCAAGUUAUCGACUUUGGUCGUGCGUUUAACUUUUUGUUCAACGUCGUACAAAAGUAAAUAAGAACCGCUCUUUAUUUUAUGGAAAUUCAAAAGAACAUUUCGAACUCUAACAUCCGUCAGAUGGACAAUUAGAACACGGAAAAAGAAUGAGUUUUGCCGAAUGAGAGAAAAGAAGUUUUGCGGAAUCGUUUACAUUUUUUUUCUUUCUUCGUUCUUUCUUCUCUUGAGUGAAUAAUUGGAAAGUGCAAAGAAUUGAAAAGGUACCAUCAUAAAGUAUAAUUCCCUCAUUCAAGAAAGAAAAAAGAACUUAAGAACAAAAGUGAAUGAAAAAACAAUGAAAUUUUAAUAAGGACUAAACAAAAGAGGAAACGAGAAAGAAAGAAAGAGAGACCAACAUUUUUGUGCAAAUAGUAAGUGAGAUUGUGAUCGUUUGUGAUUUAUAUUUGCAAAAAAAGGGAUUGUGUAAAAGAGAAAAAAAACCGAAAUAGCUGCAAACAGGACAGUGAGUGCGAAAAAUUAUAAACACUAAAUUUUAAUUGUUGAACGAAAUUUCUGGAUUACCAAUUAUUUUUCAAUCGGAGAGGAUUGUCUUUGAUUGGAAGGCCAAACAACACGAAUUUCGGAUUUAGUACACAUUAAUCGAAAAUCAGCUGAAACAAAAAGACACACUGAACGAAAGACUAUAAGAAAAAUAGCUGACAUCGACUGAACGAGAGAGAUUUCACCUUUUAUUUGGUGUGUCAUGCACAACCGAAGUGAGUGUGAGAAAACAAGAAAAGAAAAAUAAUAAUAAUAAUACGAAGAAGUAAAUAUAGUACGCGAAGCGUGUUCUUGUGAAAUAAACAGAGAUUGAAACUCAAGUGAUAAAGAUAAAGACAAAGACGAAUCAAAAUAAAUCGCCCAGAACGCUAGCCCAUAUACACAAAAUAGACACAGAGACACACGAAAAAUACAAUUAAAGACAAAGGCACAUGCUGUAUUAUUGAUUUUGGUAACACAGUUUAGGUUUGUUUUUUUCUUCGCUUUAACACGGUGAACGAAGUGACUCUUGAUAUCAUCGUAUCGGAUAAUAAACCGCGCCAUUUGCCGCAAUCUAUCGAAAUAUCUAAAGCUAAGCUCAAUGUCGAUCCAUUUCAAUUCAACAAAUUAAAGGAGCCAUAAGCGAGCGGACAUUCCAAAUCGAAGGAAAUUACAGCGGUUGCUCAAUACACACCACACCAUCGGAUAAUUUGAUGCUCACUUGGAUAUGAUGCCAUAAAUCCUAUUAUUAUUCAUCAUUUUGCAAAAGCGCUUUCGAACGCACAGUGAAAGGCGACCUAAACACAGAGAAGAAGAAGAACCGAAUAUACGUUGAGUUAAUUUUGUGUGCAGCUUUGUGUAUUUGAAGUGAGCGCGCGCGCGCACGUUCAUAUUGAACUGAAUCAACUAGCAGCGACAGAAACGAAAGGAUUCGACAACGAUACACAAAGAUAAAGCGAAACAUUUGAUGUGAGCGUCCGUUGCAUGGAAAUGACAGAACUGUAAUCGGCAGCAAAGCAUUCAUAAUUACUGGUUGCAUUGGCAACAGAGGAUCCAAAAACAGUGUGUGAUCAAAUAUAGAUAGAUAUACAUACAGAGAGCACGAGAGAGGGAUAGAGGUCGAAAAGUGGGCAUAAUUUGUAGGUGAAAUCACAUUGAAUAACAAUAAUUAAAUCGACGCCUCAUAAUUAAAAUCUCACAUCGAACAACAUCGAAGUUGUCUAAUCGGUUUUCUGGACACAACAGCGAACGACGAACCAGAGAGAAGAGGAUUUUCAACAAUUAAUUAUAUUAUCAAUUUAUUAUUCGUUUUGAUGUGUUGUGUGUCAUUGGCUUUGAAAACCGCAUAAGCUGCCGUUGCCUUGCACAAUAUUAAAUGUGCACGUGUGCAAUUGACAAGCGAGAAUUGUGAACUUCAAGUUGAAAUUAAAUAUAUAGAGAGGAAGAGACAGCCGAGAGAGAAAAAAAUCAUUUCAUUCACUUUUUUUGGUUGCCCGUGAAAUUCUUCAAUUACUGCAAUCGAAAUUGGAAAAAUAUCGUUUAAUUGAAAUUUUCAUUUCGACCAACGGCAUUCCAACAGCAGCAGUUAAGCACCGAUAUCAGCGUACUUGGAGCGUUUGACUGAAAAAAAUAUAUACCAUUUUCGCCUAUGUAUUAAAUUGGACAUUGGUGAUUUUUUGUUUGCUCUUUGUGCGCUUACGACAGCCUCCAUCGAAGCACAACAAUAUGAUGACAAGGAGAUUUGUUGCAAGACGCAAUUGCGCCACAUACAAAUGGUCAUUGCGAAGCGUUCAAUUGACGAUAAUUGGUUUAUUGAUCGCCAACACAAUCGAAACAAAUGCAGCCGUUGAUUGGGCGAGUUGUAAUAAUGCACUGGGUAUGGAAUCGGGUGCGAUAGCUGAUUUCCAGAUAACCGCCAGUAGUGCACAUGACCCAGGAAAUGUUGGACCACAGCAUGCCAGAUUGAAGGUUGAUAAUAACGGAGGAGCUUGGUGCCCGAAACAUAUCGUAUCACGUGGAUUAAAGGAAUAUUUGCAAAUUGAUUUGUUACAAAUGCAUGUGAUCAGUGCGAUUCGAUCGCAAGGUAGAUUUGGACGUGGACAGGGACAGGAAUAUACUGAAGCAUACGUCGUUGAGUACUGGCGCCCCGGUUUCACAAAGUGGGAACGCUGGAAAAAUACACAAAACAAAGAGAUUUUGACUGGUAACAUGAACACCUACAGUGAAGUGGAAAAUAUUUUACAACCGAUAAUAGUCGCAUCGAAAGUCCGUAUCUAUCCAUACAGUCAAUAUGAUCGAACCGUUUGUUUGCGAGUCGAAUUAGUCGGUUGCCCAUGGACUGAUGGAUUAGUUUCGUAUAGCAUUCCAAAAGGUGUACAACGUGGCCUGGAAAUCGAUUUAUCCGAUCAAACAUACGAUGGUCACGAUGAAAACGAUAAAUUGGUCGAUGGCUUGGGUCAAUUAGUCGAUGGACAACGUGGAACUGAUAAUUUCCGCACCGAUAUUCAUGGAUAUGGAAAAGGUUACGAAUGGGUUGGCUGGCGAAACGAUUCAUUGGGUAUGGCCGGCAGACCUGUUGAAAUGACAUUCGAAUUCGAUUCGGUGCGAAAUUUUAGCUCCAUCAUACUGCACACGAAUAACAUGUUUUCAAAGGACGUAGCGGUAUUCACACAUGCAAAGGUGUUCUUCAGCAUCGGUGGUCAACAUUUCAACGGUGAGCCCGUACAUUUUUCAUAUAUGCCAGACACAGUAAUGGAAAAUGCACGUGACGUUACCAUUAAAUUACAUCAUCGUAUCGGAAAAUACGUACAGGUGCACUUGUAUUUUGCGUUGCGUUGGAUUAUGCUAAGUGAAGUGACCUUUGUUGCGGCACCAGUCGUUGGUAAUUUCACCGAGGAGGAGGCGAACGGUAACACAGUGCCGCAGGAUACAUUAGAAUACCCCCUGCAACGUGACGAAGUUCAUACACAAAACACCAAAGGAGAUCGCAAUCAUCAAAUACCAUCGGUGCACUCAGCAAAACCAGUUGAUCAAGAUCAAGAUUCACAUUAUGUUGGCGUCAUCAUUGCUCUACUUACAACGAUUAUAUUGGUAUUGGUGGCUGCCAUCAUGUUCAUCGUAUCACGAAAUAAACGAUCUCCACGCUCUGACGUUUUAAAUUCAUUACAGCACAAUUUUAAUCAAGAUACAUUGGGAUUGGGCAUCGAUAAACGUCAUCAUAUGAAGGUGACAAUGGACGAUAAUGAAUCGAUCGAUAAAAGUAGUUUGUAUCAUGAACCGUUCAAUGUGAAUAUGUACACGAGUGCUGCCAGCGGAUGUUCGCUAAACGAUUUGCAACGCAACCAUGUUACACCCGACUACACAGACGUUCCUGAUAUUGUUUGCCAAGAGUAUGCUGUGCCACAGAAUAUGCAGAAUUUAAUACCGAAAAUACCAGGUGGUUAUAUGAGCGUUCGUAAUACGCCGCCAUCUUUGCAAAGCAUAUUUCCAAAGCCGCCACCCGUUCCUCCGCCGCCAACCGAAAAAUACUAUGCAACGACUGCCAUUUGUAAAACGAUGGCUACAUCGAUGGCAACAAACGGCAAUGGGAAUAACAUUCAUACGACCAACACAAUGCCACUAUCAUCAACGACGUCGGCUGCACAACCGACGGCUACAACAAAUCUGCUCAGCUCAUAUAAUGAUACCGAUGCAACAUCGACCGACGAUGAUUUACAGCAAUUGAACGAAUUUCCCAGACAUUCAUUGGUUAUUGUGGAGAAGCUUGGCAGCGGUGCGUUCGGCGAAUUGCAUUUAUGUGAAACAAAAGGAUUAAGCUAUAAUCUGGUAGCGGUUGCAACAUUACGGCCCGGCGUUUCCGAGAAUACGAAAAAAGAGUUUCGUGCCAAAGCAAAACACCUGGGUCGCUUAAAGGAUGUGAAUGUGGCUCCAUUGUUGGGUGCAUGUUUACGCGAUGAACCAAUUUGUAUUGUGCUCGAUUAUAGCGAUUGCCAAGGGGAUUUAAAUCAAUUUCUACAGGAGCAUGUCGCUGAAACUGGACCGGUUGGCGUUCAGAACAAAUCACUGAGUUAUGGCUGUUUAAUGUACAUUGCUACACAAAUAGCUUCGGGUAUGAAAUAUUUGGAACAAAUGAACUUUGUACACAGGGAUUUAGCAACAAGGAGUUGUAUAAUUGGACCGCAGCUAGAAGUUAAGGUAUGCACACUUGGAACUGUGAUAAAUCGAACUGCAUAUCCAUCAGACUAUUGCCAACUGGAAGGUACUGGACGCCAGUCACAACCCAUGCCAAUUCGAUGGAUGUCUUGGGAAAGCGUUUUACUGGGUAAAUUCAGUACGAAAUCAGAUGUAUGGUCAUUCGCCAUUACACUUUGGGAGAUUCUGACAUUCGCACGCGAACAACCGUUCGAAAAUCUCAGCGAUGAAAAGGUCGUGGAGAACUUUGGUCACAUUUACAAAGACGACAAAAAACAUGUUCUACCACCGAUGCCACCGAAUUGUCCACGUGAAAUUUACGAUUUGAUGUGCGAAUGCUGGCAACGUAACGAAAGUGAUCGACCGAAAUUCCGUGAAAUUCACUUGUUUUUACAACGAAAAAAUCUGGGUUACAAGCCAACCAAUAUGCUACUGUACUAAAACAAAACAUAACACAUGGAGAUUAAUUGAUCCAUAAACAACAUUUAGAAACAACAGACACAUACAAUUUAAAAUUUUAUUUUUUAGUUUUGUUAGUCUUUAGGGGAAAAGGAAUAAAAUAAUAAACAAAAAGAAAUAUCAUCGUUCAUACGAAAUCGUAUUAAUUUAAUUUUUAAAGAGAAAAAAGAAAAGCAUUUAAACACUCAAAACAAUUCAUUUGUGUUAAGUAUUAUAACUAUAUAUCGUUACGAUAAAGAACAACACGAUACACAUCUCAAGUUUUUUUUUUCGUGAAUUUUCAUAUAUUAAUAUUGAGAGCAAAUAAGAAUUAAAGGCAUAUACAGAAUGAUAAGCAACACUUAAGCACGUCACCACCACCACCACCUCCACCACAACCAGCAACAUCAAUUAUAUUUUUCCCCCCAUCACACAACAAUGUAAAUUACCAGUUAUAAAAAUCAGAAGAUAUGUGUUUCAUAAUUGAAAGAAAAUAAUGAAAAACUCAAUUGAUCACGAUCAAAUUGAGAAGAAUUUAGGGAGCGUAAAAAAUUGUAAAUGUAUAAUAAAUCACAUGGAUUUCAUUUCAUGAAAACAAGGUCUCGCGGUUGCGAUAAUCACUAAAUAUUAAGCAAAAACAAAAGAAUAAACAAAACGAGUCAAACAGGCAAUGCGUUCAUCUUGUGAUGAAGAUUGCCAGUUUGUCUCAUCAGCUUUUGUAUAACUAUUGUGAGUAAGUCAUCGUUACGAUAAGUGUAUCUUUCUUCAUCUUUUUUUUUAAAUUUCAAAUUCAAACAAACAAUCUUCGCUAAAAUAAAAACAGAUCGCAUUAGAGAAAUUUGGUUUUCUCUAUCAUACAAAAUGCCCAUUUUCCAAAAUAGUAAAACGAAAAACCCAUUUGUAUAAAUUAAAAACCGUUAAAUUCCAAUUCGUGUAUCAUAGUGAAUUUUUAGAAAUUUAAAUGUUUAAGUAACUCAAUGGCAUAGAAUAAGUUGGAACAAGAAAAAAUAAGUGGAAAAUGAGAUAACAUAGAAAUGUUUGCUAAAUAAUAAAAACUGCCCCCGAAAAAAAACCGGCAGCAAUAUGGUGCAAUCGACACUAUGUAUGCAAAUGUGUGUGUGUAUUUAAUUGAUGUAUCAUUUAAAUAACAACCACAAAAAAGCAUCAUUAUUUAAAAUGUGUAUUAAAAGUAAUAUUUAACAGAAAACUACAUCUGUUUUGGUUCACCGUCUGCAAUUCAUGUAAAACUUAGUGCACGGUACAACACAAUUGAUAUCAUAAUUAAACAAAAGAAACUUUUUAAAAAAAGCUGUCUAUUUUCAUAAAUGUCAUAACAACGUUGUAUGCGGAAAGAAACAAAAUUAUUAUUACAAUCGGUCGUUUUCCAUCGAUUCGAACAAAUGAACGACAAAACGAGAGAAAAACAAAGAGUAUAUAUAUACAAAUAGAAUAGUAAUUGUAGUGUUUACCCGGAAUUAUUAAUGUUGACUUGAUUGUUUGAAUAAUGACUUCAACUAAAAUAAUAACAUUGAACGCACUCACAUGUGCAUCGCGCUGUACACACACACUCAAACACCCACAGAUGCGUUUAGCAAAACGGAAAAUUGCAUGUGCUUAAUCAUUAAAUAAACACGUAAUUAAAAUAGAUUUAUCAAUAGAUUUACGGGCAUUUGAAAUAUACCAUAAAUGGCAUUUAUCAAUGUGGAUUUCAGUCAAUACGUUGUAUACAAAACCCGCCCCGUUUCAUCUCUAUUGCUGCUCAAUUAUGCUAUAUCGAUGGUAUUCGGCAAAAUAUCAACUUUCAAAAUUGGGCAAAACAAUCCAUUCAAUAUUCAAGCAACUGAAAAUUACAAUGGCCAUCUCGAAAUGGAUUCACACACACACAAACACAGCCAAAACAUCAAAUGCAUACAUUUACUCGGUAUGACGAACAAAAAACUAUCUAAACUAAAAUAGACACACGGAAUCCAAUUAAAUCUGAUUAUUUUCCCAACUCGGAUUUAAAAUUAACUCACCGAACUAUAGUUAAACAUGGCCAAAUUUCCCAAACGAGGUCAACAAAGUUUUGCCCACAUAACGCCGAGCUCCCCAAAAAAAAAUUCCAUUAGAGAACUAAAAUUACUUUCAGUUUAAAAUGAUCCUAGUUCAUUGUGGUUCUUUUUCUUACUUUCUUUACCAACAAGCGCAUAAUCAUUUCGAAUUUUAAACAUAGUUUUCGUUUAAUGUUCCGCACAGUUUUUGUAAAAUAAUAAAAUAUUCGUUCGUUUUUAAACUUUCUAUGUUGGCAUUAAAAUAACUCGGGGUCUCGAUAUUCAUUCUUUGUGUCUUUUAACUAUUUUGUUAAUGAAUUUUCUCUCUUUCUGUCAUACCAUUUGUGUACUUCUACCACCACCAUCACCACACAGAUAGACUAGAAUAAGCUUCUUGUAGAUAAAAGAAAAUUAAAAAAAAAAACUUGAACUAAGACAGCGAAACAGUUUAAAUAGUUGUACAAUUUUGCGUGUAGAUUUAUGUUAAAAGAAUACAUUUCCCCGCAUCGAACAUGGAAUCGUAAGACAAGUAGCUAUACCAAGCAAAACGCCGAUGAUGGAACAUCGAACCAUUGUGUUUGAUUGUUCCAUUUUUUAUGAAUGAGUCGAAGAAAAAUGUAGGCAUUAAACACUUAGGCACAUUUAAUGAAGAAAAACACACACAUACACACAAAAUUAGAUGUUAAGAGAACAGAGAGACAAAUUUGAAAAUUCUUAAGCAGCAAGUGUAUAGAAUGUUUGGCAGUUUUGUUCUUUCGUUUUGUGUUUUAAAACAAUUAAGCAGUUUUAUUUGUUAAGGAGCGUAUUUUUCACAUUUAUUUAUAUCGAUAAGAUCGUCAAUAAUACUAAUAUAUUUAGCACAUAA